GCGAUGACGAUAUCGGGCAGAUCAGAUCUGUUCACCGAGCACCGAGCGAACUGUGCCCUGCAUCCUUGAUGGCUUGGCAAUAAUGAUGCUGCAUCUUUGGCUUUGCGACAGCAGAGAACUGCCCGUUAGCCUGUACAAUCCUAUUCCGCGCGCGUGUGUAUUUUGUGCUUCGUUCAGAAGUAGCAAACGUGUGAUAGAAGUGGCACCUGGGCAUGCUUAGCCGGUACGCUGUCGCCUCAGCCUGGAAAAGAAGUUUCUCGUCAUCAACGCCGCCGUCCUUCACCGCGAUCUAUUUCUUCAGCAGACCUAUUUCUCGCCUUUGGUCUGCAUCGACGCUCCUUCACCGCGCCUACACCGCCUCCACCCGACUACAAACAUCCUCGCCCAUGGAACAAAAUGGCGCGCACAGCAAGCGCAAGCAGCCGCCUACACCCAGCAUCGAGCGCCCAAUGAAGCAAAUCAAAGCCGAGACGGAGGUCCACAGCCGCAACGGUGUAGCUGCGUCGCCCACGCCUGAGAUGGACGUCGACGAUGCGCACAGUGACGUCAGCCUCGAGCCUCUCCCCAUUGUGCCUGUCGCCGGCGCAGUGCAUGAUACGGCUGAGUGGCAGAAGACGAUCGAGGGCGUCGUGAAAAGCGUCGUAUCGAUCCACUUCUGCCAGACGUGCUCGUUCGACACUGACCCGGCCAUUGCCUCAGAGGCGACAGGAUUCGUUGUUGACGCCGAGAAAGGCUACAUCAUGACGAACAGGCACGUCGUUGGCGCCGGACCCUUUAUUGGAUACUGCAUCUUCGACAACCACGAGGAGUGCGACGUCUAUCCCGUUUACCGCGACCCCGUCCACGACUUCGGCAUUCUGCGCUUCGACCCUUCCAAGAUCAAGUACAUGCCCCUCACUGCGCUGGAGCUGAAGCCCGACCUCGCCAAGGUCGGUGUCGAGAUUCGCGUUGUGGGUAACGAUGCUGGAGAGAAACUCAGUAUCCUGUCUGGUGUCAUCAGUCGACUGGACCGCAACGCCCCCGAGUACGGCGAGGGUUACUCCGACUUCAACACCAACUACAUUCAGGCUGCGGCCGCUGCGAGUGGAGGAAGUUCCGGCAGCCCAGUCGUGAACAGGGAUGGCUAUGCUGUUGCCCUGCAGGCUGGUGGACGAUCAGAUGGCGCUGCGACCGACUACUUCCUGCCCCUCGAUCGUCCUCUUCGCGCUCUAGAGCUCGUCCGUUCAGGGAAACCCGUCUCACGGGGCACAAUACAGACACAGUGGAUACUUAAGCCUUUCGACGAGUGCAGGAGGCUUGGCCUAUCAGCGGACGUUGAAGAGGCUGUACGCACUCAAUUUCCCAAGGAGACUGGCAUGCUGGUAGCUGAGGUUGUCCUUCCACAGGGUCCUGCAGCUAGCAAGGUUGAGGAAGGCGAUCUUCUGACACACGUAAAUGGCCAGCUUCUUACUCAGUUCGUGCGCCUGGAUGCGAUAUUAGACGACAACGUUGGCAAUAAAGUCGCAAUGACGAUCCAGCGUGCCGGCGAAAACAUUGACGUCGAGCUGGACGUUGGCGACUUGCACGCUAUCACACCAGACAGGUUCGUGUCUGUGGCAGGAGCCUCAUUUCAUGAUCUGUCAUAUCAGCAGGCUCGCCUGUAUGCCAUCUCACUCAAGGACGCAGGUGUCUACGUGUGCGAAGCAGCAGGUUCGUUCCGCUUCGCUGACGGCUACGCGUCUGGAUGGUUGAUCCAAGAAGUCGACAACCAGCCCACGCCCAAUCUUGACGCCUUCAUCGAAGUCAUGCGCAGAAUACCUGACCGCAAGCGCGUCGUCAUGAUGUACAAGCACCUCCGUGAUCUGCAUACUGUUAACACAAGUAUCACAGCCAUCGACAGGCAUUGGCACGCAAAGAUCAGAGUAGCUACACGCAACGAUGCCACAGGGUUGUGGGAUUUCAAGCCGCUAGCUGACCCUGUGCCUGCCAUACCGCCAGUGCCGCGACGCGCCAACUUCGUCAAGAUGAACUCGCAGUACCCAGAAGCCGUCGACAUUGUUCGUAGCCUUGUGCGAGUACAUGUCUCCAUGCCAAUCAAGCUUGAUGGGUUCCCCAAGAUGAACAAGCAAGGCUAUGGAAUUGUUGUAGACGCCGAGCAAGGUCUCGUCCUUGUCUCGCGAGCGAUUCUGCCGUAUGAUCUCUGCGACAUUGCUUUGAUCAUCGCAGACAGUAUCUUCAUUGACGCCAAGGUCGUGUUCAUGCACCCAUUGCAAAACUACGCUAUUGUCAAGUAUGACCCUUCGAUGGUCCAAGCCUCAGUCAAGACACCAAAGUUCGCAACCGAGUUCAUCAAGAAGGGUGACGAGACUAUCUUCUUCGGCAUGAAUCAGAACUUCCGCCCUGUUGUAACAAAGACUGUCGUAACAGACAUCACCACGGUCGCCAUCCCCGCCAGCGCCAUCACACCCCGCUACCGCGCUACCAACUUCGAUGCCAUCACAGUGGACACAAACCAAGCGUCUCACAGUGGUUCAGGUGUUUUGAUCGCUGAAGACGGCACAGUUCAAGCUCUUUGGCUUUCUUACCUCGGUGAGCGGACAUCACACAGCGGCAAGGACGUUGAAUACCAUCUAGGUCUCGCAACACCCAACCUUCUUCCAGUUCUAAACGAGAUCCGCGGCGGCAAGACGCCUAAACUUCGCAUCCUGAAUGUCGAGUUCCAGACUGUUCAGAUGAGCCAAGCGCGCGUCAUGGGCGUCUCGGAGGAAUGGAUCGAGAAGACCGAGCACGCCGACCCAGAGCGCCACCAGCUCUUCAUGGUGCGCAAGGUCGAUUCCGGCCACGGCGACGGUCUGCAGGAGGGUGAUGUUGUGCUCACACUCAACGGCAAGCUCGUCACGCGCAGCCCCGAUCUCGACAUCAUGUACACCAAUGAGUUCCUGGACGCUGUCGUUGUCCGCAAGCGCAACGAGAUGUCUAUCAAAGUGCUCACCGUGCCCACCGAAGACCUUGAGACAGAUCGUCUCGUCAGCUUUUGCGGCGCGACGUUCCAUCGUCCACACCAGGCUGUGCGCCAGCAGAUCAGUAAGGUGCAUUCCGACGUGUACAUAUCGUCGCGCGCCCGCGGCUCGCCGGCGUACAUGUACGGCCUCGCACCAACCAACUUUCUGACGCAUGUCAACAACAAGCCCACUCCCGACCUCGACUCCUUUCUCGAAGCUGUCAAGCAGAUCAAAGACAACGAGUACUUCCGGCUUAAGGUCAUGACGUUCGACAACGUGCCGUGGGUCGCCACUAUGAAGAAGAACGAGCAUUAUUUCCCGACUAUUGAGUUUGUCAAGGAUAAGAGUGAGGAGCUGGGCUGGCGGAAGAUUAUCCAUGAGUGUGAUGAUGGGGGUGCGCGUGAGGAGGCCGUGGAUGGUGGUGAAGCCGAAGCAGCGGAGGGUGAAGGAUGCGAAGAAUAGAGGUGAGUGGAAGAGGUGAACUGAUUGUCCUGCAUUGUAUGAUAGACACACGGGCGAGGCGACCUAUACCACCUGCCUAGUAUCCAAGAAUCACAUUUUCAACAGCAGGGUGCUCGUUAGCUGAAGUGCUCAUCGUGUAGUUUAGUGCCCUCCUGAUCCAGCGGAGCGGUAAGCUACGCUCUACAUCGAGCAGAUAACUCC